UUUUUUUGUCCCAACGGGAUCCCGCGAUUUAAAUUCUGAAUUGCAUUUUUUUUUCAAUCCUUUUUUUCUGCCAGUUUCAUAUUAUGGUUAUCCCUAUGUCUCCCAAAAUCCAGAGAAGUAGGAUGCGCGGGCUAACCAACUGAUAAAGGGAAGCGGUAGCGUGUUAUUCACUGCGCUAGCGAAAACCGCUGGCCGGUCAGAGAGGAUGCUUUGCUUCGCUGUCAAUCGUCAGAGAAAAGGAGCGAAAUAAACGCGAACCUGUGCGUCUCGAGUUGAGCGUCGAACUUGUGUCUCUUGCGAGUAAAUAAAACCAUCAAGAAACCUGUUCGUAAUGGAUUUCCUCGAUUUUAAGGGAUCGUUACUGACGUAGGGAUUGAAGAAGGAUAACCAAAUCCCCUUUUAUAAAUCUUUUCUUUAGAAGAUUGCAAAGGUGGAGCGAUUAGAGAACGCUGAUGACGGACCUAUUAAUCCCAUCAGUGCAUCGAAGGCACCGACAGCGCUUGGGAACGUUUGGAUGGGAAUCAGGCGAAUGUUUAGACGCGUUACAGUUUUAUAUGAAACCGGUGAUUAAUUGUCUCUUCUUAUCCUGGAAUGCUGAAUUUUUACACAUAACUUUAUUUUCCAUUUGCCAGGGGGAUUAUCUGUAAUAUUAUACAUAUCAGGUGCUGUUAAAAUGAUCUCUUUUAUCCAGUUUUGAAAUUUCUCAGUAUAUCAAGCCUUUCCACCAGGGAGUGUUGCCUAUCUAAAUGGAAUUAGUUGAGAUUGAAGUCCCUUGUCAAAGGAAUAGACAUGGUACAUGGGCGCAGGUUGCUUCACGUUAUUGCGAGUCUCCUCGUACUUGGGUUGUCCGGGGCAACGAAAAAGACAGCAGUGACAAACAACUCCGGUGUGCAGCCGGCAGGUCAGUGUGGUACCUGGGUAAAAGAACCGGAAGGAGGGGUAUUCACUUCUCCCAAUUACCCCGAAAAGUACCCCCCAGAGCGAGAGUGCAUUUACAUUCUUGAAGCUGCACCCAAACAGUGCAUCGACCUGUACUUUGAUGAGAAGUACUCGAUAGAACCCUCGUGGGAGUGUAAAUUUGACCACAUCGAAGUUCGGGACGGUCCUUUUGGCUUCUCUCCGAUAAUAGGGCGCUACUGUGGCCAGGAAAGCCCGUUGUACGUCAGGUCCAGCGGUCGGUACCUGUGGAUAAAAUUUGUUGCAGACGGUGAACUGGAGGCCAUUGGAUUUUCUGCAAGAUACAAUUUCACCCCGGAUCCAGACUUUAAGGAUCUGGGGAACCCCAAGCCUCUGCCCUUUUGCGAGUUUGAGUUGGAUGGACCCCAGGGCAUCGUUGAGUCGGUGCAGAUCAGCAAGGAGGGCAAAGCCUUACUGACGGAGGCGGUGGACUGCAAAUGGGUCAUCAGAGCCCCACCCGGCUCCAAGAUUUACUUGCGCUUUCUGGAGUAUGAGAUGCACAACUCCAACGAGUGCAAGCGGAACUUUGUGGCGGUGUACGACGGGAGCAGCUCGGUGGAGGACCUGAAGAAUAAGUUCUGCAGCACGGUGGCCAAUGACGUGAUGCUGGUCUCCGCGCUGGGCGUGGUCCGCAUGUGGGCCGACGAGGGCAGCCGGAAGAGCAAGUUCCGCAUUCUGUUCACGACUUUUCAAGAGCCACCAUGUGAGUCAGACACAUUCUUCUGCCACAGUAACAUGUGCAUUAACCACACCCUGGUGUGUAACGGCAUACAGAACUGUGUCUACCCCUGGGACGAGAACCACUGCAAAGAGAAGCGGAAAGCGAACAUCCUGGACAACCUGAACAACACCAACCUGGCCAUCAUCGGGGUGACCUGCGCCAUCGUCUUCAUCCUCCUCAUCGUGUCCGUCGUGGUGCAGAUCAAGCAGCCGCGCAAGAAGUACAUCGUCCGUCGCGAGGACUUCGACCCCACCAUGUUCCACGAGGUGUUCGAGCCGCCGCACUACGAGCUGUGCACCCUGCGCAGCGCCUCUGCAGCGGCCACGCCCGGCCCGCCAGGCCCGCCCACGCCCGCCGACCUGGCCGACCUGGCCGAGGACCUGGAGAACUACCACCGGCUGCGCUGGUCCUCGUCCAAGUGCGUCCACGACCACCACUGCGGCUCCCAGAGCUCCAGCCUGAGGGGCAGCCGGGCCAACCUGAGCACCCGCGGCGACCCCUCGCUCCCGGCCGACGUGCAGGGCCAGCCAAUCAGGGUGCUGGGCCCGCCCACCGGCCGGAGGAACAUCCUCGUGAUGAAGCACAGCUACUCGCAAGACGACGCAGACGGGUCGGACGGGGGCGGGGAAGAUGACCUGGAGGGCGUGCCCACCACAAGCCACAGGCUGACCCGCCACGACAGGGACGGCCAGCGGUUCUGUCUCAUUGGGUCUCUAAGCAGACUCGAGACUGAAUACAACACAACUAGGGUCUAAGAGGCAGUGUCAAGGUAAGACCGACAACGACGGAAAUGUUUUGCUGUUUUUUUUGUCCUCUGUGAGCUUGAAAGUAAAUGAUCAACCAUUUAUUACCGAUUUUGUUUUGUACUGUAAUGCUUAUGUUAUGUUGUCUGUUGACAGUUUUGUUCAGUUUUACGUUACUGUGCUUGUGUAGCGUUUACGCUAGUGAUUGUGUGUUUUGAGCAUGGCAAUGAGAAAUGUAAAUGCACUGAGGGUGUUCCCGUGAGAAACGGAACCCAGGGAAAGUGCCUGGUUUCACAUGCUACAGUCGGUCGCUUUUGCUUUCUGCGUUGAACUGAUCACUUUGCCUGGGAUUCGUUUUCAAAUUCCAAAAAGUGUUUUCCAGUAAAUGUAAAGUUAAUUUCAAAAACUCCUUUUUAAUAUGCAUAUUAUAUCAUAAACGUAAGGUUUAUGCCUUAUUUCAGAAAUAAUUUCUUGCUUCCAUUUCAUAAGCGGGUCUUGCAUAUGAAGUUAGUAUUCAUGCACUUUUUUGAGCAUUUGAACAUCCCUCAGAAACCAGUGCUGCAUCUGCAUGUGAUGGCAUGGUCAUAUGGUGUACUUAUUAUUUUUAGUAUGUCUACGUAUUAUACAAUAUUGUUAUACUGUUGGGCAGUUGAUGAUUGUAUUUAAAGUAUGCAUGUGUUGGUAUGAUAUUUGUAUUCCCUAUUUCCUUUCUCUUCUUCUACUCCGUGUUCCCUCUGGUCUGUUCACUUCUCUCCCUACGUUAGGGUAAUAACCUCCCACCUUGGAAUGCCGAAAGUCAGAUAAAGUCACCAGCACACCCCCCCCCCCCCAUCUUAGGAUCUCUGUGAAUCUCAACCCCAUGCUGUCCUUCCCCACCCGAUCAAACGCAGAGAUGCAGAUGUGUUCCCUAACACUUCUUUGCCACACAACUCCCCUACUGCACAAAUCAUUCUUCUGUAGGCAAACCCGGAUUAAGCGGGAGUAGGCUCUGGUCCAAAUUGCUCUCAGCAAUAGUUCACAUUCCUUCUAAUGUCAUUAGAAGAUGUGUAAAGAAACCAAUGCAUAUCUUGGUGCAUCUCUUACCAACACAUGCACACUUCAAUCCACUGACUGCCAAUACACAAUAAUUGUUGCUGAAUAUUAAUUAAUGUAUCACUUCUAUAACCAGUUGUUCCUUGUGGAUUUAUAAUUUUCAUCUGUGGAUUGAAUAUAUGGUUAUGAAUGAAAAUCAAAGAAAACUCCAAGGCACUCUCUUUUUAACAAUUAAAAUGCCUUUGUUAUCGUGGCAUGGUCAUAUUAAGUUUUUUUUAUUUUUAUUUUUUCUUUUUGAUUUUGAUGUCUAUACUUAUCCCAUCCAAAGAGCACUUCAAACAAACUCAAUUUGAGUCCAGGAAACGCUCCUACCCAAAAAAAUUUUUUAUGGUUAUGAAUGUUUUGUGGUAAUAUUAAGUUAAGCAUGUAUGAAUAUUAUAAAUGUACAAUAUGAAAAUGCAAGGGUAAAUAUCCAUAACCGAUAUUAGACUACCAGUAUUGGCCAAUAGCAGUGCCUCUCUGUUUCACAUUACUGCACAAAAGCAAACUGCGACCAAGCUGCCUCUUUCAUGGAAUAAGUAGAUGGGGAUUGAUGUCAGCUAAUGUGGGAAAUACAAAUAAAGGGUUAAACAAAAUAUAUAAAUAUUUUCUUCCAGUGAAUGAGAUUCCAGGUCAAGAAGAGAUUAAUCCUAUAACAUCUGGAUUCAUCAGGUUUUGUUAAAAGUCUUCUUAAAAUAUUAUCCUAGAAUGAUAAAUUAGCACAUGGUGUUGAUCUCCUGUUUGUAAAAAAUAAAAAAAAGAAAUCUGCAAAAGAAAUCUAUUGCAAUUCCAGAAUGGAACCUCCACUAUCUUUUUAUUUAACGUGUCUAUUAUCUAUAUUCUCUCAUGGUAUUUUCUAUUUCAAAUUUUAAAAUAUACGUAGUAUUAUGACAUGCAAAAUGAUAUGCUAAUUAAAAUUUGCAUUCAGGAUCUUGACAAACUAGUUUAAAUACUGAUUCAGCCAUGUUUUAUAUUUCAAACACGAUCAAGUGUAAUCAGUACAAAAGUCAAACGUUCCUCUAAAUGGUAAAUUCUUUAUAAACAUGUUCCUACAAAUAUGUAGAUUUUGGCUAUUAUAAAUAAUUUCAUUUCUGCAUUGACAAUAUAUUCUCCAUAUUUAUUCAUAUUUAGUAGUUAAUGCAUUAAUGCAAUUAUUUAAAUUUUAACUUAUCGUUCCCUUUUAUAACUCUAUGUGCAGAUUCAGCCAGUAUUUCAUGAGUUAUUGUAAUGCAGAUCAGAAAGUCACAUGUAAACUUUUUUAUGAGGGAAAAAGCAGACGUUGCAUCUUAACUGCAUACCUUUCAUAAAAUUGAUUUUGGUCAAAUUAUUCUCAUUAUAUUUUCUCACUUUGUUUGGUUACCAUUGUUGUGAUUUGGAUUUGUCUGCUUUAGAAUACAUUGUUACCCAUUGAAGGAUAUUGUUCCUGAAGGACAAGGAUGAUCAUUGUGUUCUGAUGUAAACCAAUACAAAAAUGGCAUACUGUAGGUCUACUGGAACUUAAAUACCCAAAUUCUCUAAAUGUGUUGUAUUUAUUUAUUUGUUAUUGUAUGUUUGUGAAAGUUCAUUGGAACAUUUGUUUCCUGGUAACCAUGUUGAUUCAGUGAAUAAUUUGUGUGUUUUUCUUUUGUAGUGUGGAGGUUUAUUUUUCAGAAAUUUGCACUUGUUUGUCAGUUUAUUUUUUUCUUUUGUUCUGCAUGAAAAUAUUUUUACAGAACUGUAUUCCAUAGCAUGGAAGUCUCCAGCAAUGGAUGCUUUUGUAUACCUGGGUGUGCAAAAAUGUUUUUCCUCCCUUGUUAUUUUCUGUUCAAAGAAUCCUUACAGAUUCAUGUAGAUUCCGGUUCAAAACCAUCUUCCAUUUACAGUGUAGUUAAUAUGCAAUAUGCAAAACAUACAUUUACUAGGAGAUAUUAGCUGAAACAUGCUGUAUGGGUAUGGAGCACAGUAUAAUAAAAAGAUGAAUCCAAGCUACACAUGAAUACAUUUUGAUAGGUUAAUUUUCUUUUCCUACUUAUAAUAUGUAUUUUUGUUUUCUUCUUGUGUCUUGUCAAAUAGUCUUCCUUGUUUUGACCAUGUUAGCAUGUCUUGACAGGUGUUUCUUAAUCUCACUUCUUUAUUUUAUACAGAUACUAGCAAAUACAGACAAGAAGACUCUUCACAAGAAGUUUGCUUUUGGUGUUCUUCCAAAGACCUUAAUGACAGGAAGCGGAAGUAAUUUGACGUAUAGUGGCCUCUGUGGCUUCUUGAGCUACAUUGGACCUAAUAGGGAUUUUUUUUCCUCUCUGCAGGCAGAUGCUGCAUUCUACUGCCCCUGACCACAUGUGGAAUUAACUGUACCCCCUCCCCCUCCCCCAUGCCAUCCAUCUUCAAAGACAUUUUGCUCUUGGCAUCCAAUUUAUUGUGAUCAAGAAAAAAAAAUACAGAGUUUUUCUUUUUUUACUGGCAA